AUGAGCAAAUUAUAUUCGUCUAUUAUCGCAAAAUAUUUCGAUGAGUCACAUAAAACUCAACCACGUAAUGUCAUAAUCGGUCGACCUGAUUUAAAUACUAUUCGAUAUCCGAAAAAUGUCAUUCGUAACCAAAAAUAUAGCAUAAUAACAUUUAUUCCACUUUGUCUUUAUGAACAAUUUAGUGUAUUUCUUAAUCUUUAUUUCCUUAUUAUUGGAUUGUCACAAUUUAUUCCAAUGUUUCGUGUUAACUAUUUUUUUACAUAUAUGGCACCAUUGGCGUUUGUCGUAUGUGUAUCUAUGCUACGUGAAGGAUACGAAGAUAUUAAAAGGGCAUAUCGUGAUAGAGAAAUCAAUUCUCAAAUAUACACAUUGUUAACUGAAAAUGGACACCGUGAAGAAAAAUUGAGUUCCGAAAUAAAAGUAUCUGAUAUUAUUAUUCUACGAAAAAAUCAGCGUGUACCUGCUGAUAUACUUCUCUUACAAACAUUAGACAAAUCAGGUAAAUAUAAAGAGCAAGCAUAG